CCUCCCUCUCUCUCUCUCCCAUGCGUUUAGAGUUUCUUCCAGUGGAAACUCUCACAGAUGAGUGAGCGAGAGGAUGUCUCUCACACAGUAAAGCGAGCGCUCGUGAUGUCGUGGGAUUGUGGACUGAAGUAUCUGUUUUCUCUUCCUCCGGUUCUGCAGCAGGCGGGCGUCUGUGCUCUCCGGGCUCCGGAGGACUUCUCCCGGCUGGAGGUGGUCCAGCGUCUGGCCAAAGACGGCUGCCGAUUCCUCCAGAACCAGAACUACCGGCUCCCGGACCGCUCCGCUCAGGCGCAGGGCGAAGGUGCUGUGCGCGUCUGUCUGAAAGAGAGAGGUCAGGAUGUACUGGUCCUCCAGAGAGUCCCGUCAGAUCCUGCGUCUCCUCAAACAGCCGGAGUCAAAGACGAGGACGGAGACAAGAGGUACAGGGUGGUGUCCGGGACGCCUCAGAAGAUCCUGGAGCACCUGCUGAGUGACCUGCGUCUGGACGAGCUGCAGGGGGCGACGGAGAGCAAAGAGGCGGAAACACUUCUGGAUGACUUCCUGCUGACGUAUCUGGUGUUCAUGUCCACCAGUGAGCUGUGUCAGGCGCUGCUGGGACACUACUGUACGAAGCGCUGUCGGGGGAAGGAGGAGGGGAAGGAGGCCCUCUACAGGAAGAGGAAGGUACUGCACCUGGUGUCUCAGUGGAGCACGCUGUACAAGGACUUCCUGCGAGACGAGGAGAACGUCAAGCUCUUCAUGAAGACGCUGUAUCGAUACGUGCUCGAAGACGUUUAUGAGUUCCCCUCGCUGGAGAGAGACCUGAAGGAGUUUCAGAAGCUUCUGCGACGGAGACAUACGCUGGACGACUAUUCUCCACACCAGAAGAAUAAAGCUGUGUUCCAGCAGCUGAGUCUGAAGGAGAACAGCGUUCUCUGAGAGGAUCAG